CCCGCACCACUCCUCCGCCGUCGCCGCUAUCUGAUAACAGUAGAUUCAGUCCGCGAUACCGGCGCACACAUCAUAUCGCACUCUCAACUCUAUUUUUUUUUUUAUUUUCGCCGAUCGUUCUUGUAGCUUCGUUUCGAAAUGCGCUAGUGCCUUCUGGAUUAAAUGAUACAAACGUGCUUGGAACCUGCCGCUGAUACUCUGUGUAACCCUUGAAAACGCAACGCGCGCUGGUACGCAGCAGUCGACAUGGACAACGUGGGUCAAAUAGUGCGAGCGAGCGACGAACGUCGAGAGGAAGAAAACAGCCAUGCAGUGGAAGCCUUGCAGCUCGUCAAGAACGAAGAGAGACACGAGAGCGAACAGAACAGCGAGGCCGUCGCCGCCGAGGUCGUGUCUGCCGCCCCCGAGCAGCAGGGCGCCACGCACGAGCACUCGCCGCAGGCACAGUCCGUGAUCACGUCGCGGCGCACCGUGCGCACCAUCACCGCCGCCGGACACAUCACCACUGACGACGCAGGGGACGUCGGACACGACGACGGCGUCAAGGACGAGCCGCCCGAGCACUCCCAGCUGGAACACGAGCAACAGAUGCAACAGUACGCGCCCAAGCUGGAGGAGAGCGCAGAAACCAGAGAGCUGCAACAGCAGCAUUAUGACGAAGAACGGCUGAGGCUAGCAGAAGCAGAGACCGCGAGGUAUCUCGCCUUCAAGCAAGAACCCUACAGAUCCAUGCAGUCACCGAUCCCUGUAGAUAAACGACUCCCAGUGCAGUAUACCCGAGCACCUCAGAGACCCGCUUACGGUCGCGGACUCGCCUUGCGUUACGGAGCGCCCCAUCAUGUGAUCGUAUCUCAAGAGGGGGAAGGAGAAGAUCCAGCGCAUGAGGCCUUUUUGUCUCACAAAGAUAAAAACGAACUUCAAGCUUACGCUGCAACCAGUGAAGCUGGCCCCGUAGACGGCCGACAAUAUGCGGCCGUGCUUGGCGAACAAGUGGCCGCCUCGACCGCACUGGAGAUGAUCCAAACGACUUCAUUAAAUAACCAACAGUCGGUCGGCGUGGCGUAUCAACAAGUGAAGUACGAAACGCGCGGUGAGCCCGAGCCGCGCCCCACCACGUACGCCAGCUUGCAGCCCGUUACCUCCGUCCACGGAGGAUAUGCAUAUGCUGGACAAAGCCCACAGUACGGCGGCACCAGCUACAGUGCUUACGGAGGCAGUAACAAGGAGCUCUUGACGCUGUACGGGGGAGGCUCGGGACCGUCGGCGCCGGCGGGCCGCGGGGACGAGUCGCCGCCGGGACAGCUGCUGUACCGCAGCGACCCGACGCUCUCCUCCUCCUCGCUGACGACGCGCGGUGCUCACGUGGUCUACGGCUCCGUGGUGCCACAGUCACAGACUGUAUAUGAAGCCCCGCCCAGCCCUAAUUCCCAACAAGUAACAUUGUAUACACACGGCAACACGGUUCAAUACAAAGUCGGGGGAGAACACUACCUCGGACAAAGUGGGGGCGUGGAAUACGUCCCCGUGUCUGGGUACGAGGGUGGGUUGUUGGUAGAAGGCUACCCGGCCCCGACCCAGGCUUGGCCCGCACAUAACUUACUUCCUAUUGAUGACGGCUUCGAUCCUAGCAUGGCCGGCAUGGGUGAGGUGAAGGAGUGCGUGAACUGCGCGGCCGCGACCACGCCGCUGUGGCGCCGCGACGGCACCGGCCACUACCUGUGCAACGCGUGCGGCCUUUACACCAGGAUCAACGGAGUUAAUCGACCGCCUCUCAAAGGCCAAAAAGCGAAGCCACAACAGGCCUUACCGAGCAACGGGAACCGACGCAUGGGGGUGACCUGCGCGAACUGCCGCACCACCAACACCACGCUCUGGAGACGGAACAACAACGGCGAGCCGGUCUGCAACGCGUGCGGCCUCUACUUCAAGCUGCACAACGUGAACCGGCCCCUCAGCAUGAAGAAGGACGGCAUUCAGACCCGGAAGCGGAAACCGAAGAGCAUGGGCGGCGCACACGGCGGCGUGGCGCGGCCUCCGGGCGGCUCGCUCUCCGUGGAGGCACACAAGGUGCUGCCUCCGCUGUACGCGGCGGUGGAGGCGGCCGGCGGCGCAGGGAGUGCGCCGCUGCUGCUGCUGCCCGCCCCCAGACACCAAGCCGAUAUGAUACCAACGUUAGACAGAGGCUCGUCGGGCGCUCCCUCCCACUACCGACCACCCUAACCACGCCGCACGGCACCACCUGCACACAGGACUAGUGUAGACUGUAGACACAUGUAGCGUGGCAAAUGUACAAACAGGAAUACAACAACGUUAUUAUUACGAUAAUUUCCAUAUUUUAUAAAAUAUUUUGAAGCAACUUGUCAACAAGGAGACAACUUGAAUCAGCGUUCAGACAAAAUUAAAUACGGAAAAUAUCGUAUUAGUUACUUAAUAUUAUGAAUAUAGUUCAAGUAGGAAUUUUAAAUGCUACAAGCUCAAGCUCGGCAUAAUACGCAAGUUUCCGAAUGGAAACUCAAAAAAAUUUAUAAAUAAGUACAGGCGAGAACAAAACUCUCUUAUAAGAUUUAAUAUUUUAACUAGUGACUAAGGAAUUAACUUUUAAUUGUGUAUUUUUAAGAGAAUUUAUGAGGUGAAUUCGAGUGCCAACGUCAUAGUUAUUGACCAAAGACACCUACUUAACAAACACAUUCAUAUUCGCUAGUGAUUUCUAUUCAAUACAAGUGUGGCCUAAAAAUAUAUUUGUUCUUAUAGUAUUACGAUUUAUCGUAGCCAUAAACCAGAACUCGUGUAGGGACAGAAAGAUAUUUAAUCCGCUGAAUAAAGGCUUAUGUUAUAAGGCGGUUUUGGAAUUAAGUGCUGAAUUUAUUGCGCGAUAUCAUUGAUUGAAUAGCGGAAAUUAUUCGUAAAAACGCGUUAUAGACUGAUGGCUGACGGCAAAAACUGAUGUUUAUCUGCCAGAUUUCAACAUACAAUCGCAUCGCUCGAUAGGACUUCUCUUUUAAGCUGCGAUUUCAAAAAGACACAAGAAUAGUUUCUGUAAACACACGAUAGAAUACAAAUUGCUAAUACUAUAAGUCAACUGAGAGGCAGCCGUCGCUCCCUAACGAGGUCUCAGUCAUCAUUCGAUAUGUUUGACUUUUCAAUACUUAUCGUGUCAUCAGUUCAUUCAAGUUAACUUUAGUCGUUUAUUUUGUAUGCAAUUAAGAAGUUUUCUUGAAUAAAUCAGCCAUAAGUGAUAAAAAUAAUAUUAAUCUGAAUAAAAAUGUAAUUAAAAUGGCUAAAAAUAACCCUCUACUAAGGGCCGCUGACGUAAUGCUAAAAAAGGAGAACACCUAUAACAAUAUUUUUUUAAAAACAUUCGUAAAUGUUAUUUUAAAAAUAUUGUUACUUUACGGAUAUCGUUUAUAGAAAGUCGAUGUGAAAUGAUUAAGGACCGAGUUAGUGGGUGGAUAUAGUAUUUAUUUUGAGCUUUGUUAAGCGACACUUGUAAACUAAUUUUUGAAAAUAGGAAUUGGGUAGAUAUUAAAUAGAACAACACGUCGCAUCCGGUGAGUGGGCCGCGAGCUAUAUCAUCACCACAAUCAUCCGCACCAUAACCCAGUGAAAGCAUAACGCAUUAAAUUGUAUCGACUGGGUACAUCAGAGCCGAAUAAAUAUUACGUUACCAGUUCAAUAUAUGUAUUCAAAAUGUAGCAAUUUUCAAAUUAGAGUCAAAGAAAAUAUAAGAAUAGUUUACCUACACUGUACAUAACAUUCUUGACGUGUUAAAAAUGACAUAAAACUAACUUGUGUAUAGUAUUAUGAUAGUAAGAAUAGUAGCAAAGAGACGAAUUUAUUAAUAUAUAAAUUGUUUAGUGUUAAUACUAGUGUGCGCGACUGUAUGUGAGCGUGUGUGUGUGUGUGUGUCUAGGUUUAGUGAGUGCGUUGCGUGAAUGUGUUUGAUCGCGGCCGUAUCUGGGUCUACAUAUUUAUAUUUUGAUAACGUUGUGUACACGGUACACGGUUAUGUUAGACUUUUUUAAAUGGUUGACGAAAUAAAAUCGUUGCCUGUG